GAAGAGACGUGCCGCGUGUAGCGUCUUUUGUACAAACGGUUUAUCCAAUAAUAGUGUUCUCAGUGCGCUAAUUAACGUUGUUAUUGUAAAUAGCGAACUAUACAUCGAUACAGUUGGAGAUAUCGUUAAAAUAUUCUAGCGGGAGAUAAAGUAUGGUACGCGGUGAUUGGUUCUGCAAAUUUCCUACCAAUUCUACGAAGUGAAAGUGUAAUGUAAGCGAGUGCUACAAGUGAUCUGUGUUCCGAGAACAUGUGACAGGGACGAGAUCAACUUUCAUCAAUGCUAUGAUCAGUUUGACAUAGCAUCACCACGUCGUCAGGAUAUGAUAAAGCGCAGUGCAAUGGCGGUACGGUGAUGGCGGAUGGCGCGGGCACGGAAGCGGGCGCGGGCGCGGAGGCGGUAGCGGGAGCUGGAACUGUAGCGGAUGCGGACGCGUUAAAAGUGGUGGAAGCUGAUGGGUUGGGCGAGUUUGCAGCUCGUGGGGCAGAGCUCGAGCGCACCUACGUGCAUGAGGUGUACGAGCAAGCUGGAGGGGAUGCUGCCCCGCCCUGCGCGCCAGCGGCUUCCGUCAGAACCUUCCUCGGAGAACUUGAGCCAGGGAGCCUAGUUUGUGAUGUCGGGUGCGGCAAUGGGAGGUACCUGAGUGUCAACCCGGCCGUGUUCACGGUGGGAGGUGACAGGUGCACCAGACUGACGUCACAGGCACGUCACCACAACAAUGAGGUUGUGGUCUGCGACAACAUGUGCCUUCCAUUCCGUGAUGAGUCGUUCGACGCGGUCCUCUCCAUCGCCGUGGUGCAUCACUUCGCAACAGUGGAGCGCCGGGCCAUGGCGCUUCGAGAGCUGGCCAGAAUCACCCGGAUUGGCGGGCGACUCAUGCUCACAGUGUGGGCCAUGGAACAUGAGGGGAGGAAUUUUGAUUCGCAAGACGUUCUGAUACCAUUUCACAGACCAGCGACGUUAUGUCCACCGCUGACAGCACCUAGAUUUUUAUCAGUUGAACAAGACCAGAAUUCAGAAAUUUGGAACAAUAGGUCAAGUUCACCCGGAUCUUCGUCGCUAUCGUCCCCAAAUGAAACCUGUUACUCCUUCGUACGACGAGCUUUACAGAAGCUGGCUGGCAGACGCUCUUUCCUACCAUCAUGGAACAUCGGCAACAGAGUUAGCACCAGGCCCUGCCCUCGACCUGAACCUCUCGCAGUUGAUCUUCCAAUAGAAUUACGUAGAUUAGAGGAAGGAUCACCACCGAAAUUAUUUGCGCAAUUCUCUGAGUCAUCAACGUCACGGAGUCUCACAGAUAUUGCAGAUGUUGAACGACAUGCGAUGAAACGAUCUAGAUCCAGCCUGCCUAUUCUUGCAGGAGAUGAAAACGAACCACCAGCCACAAAUAUAUCAAAACAAGAAACGAUUGAGCCUCGAAAGAAACCAAAACUUGUUAAACAAAAAAAAUCAAUCAAUGAGGACGACGCAGAUGAAGAUCUUGAUAAGCCUACAGACAUGAAAAUCUUAGUAGAUGAAAUGCCAAACUUUAAAGUUCAUACAUAUAGACAAAAACCAAAGAAACCGGGUGUUUUCAAACAAACUUCACUCAAUGAGGAGCUAAUGUCUGUGGAGCGCUUAAGAGAAAAGGAACGUUUACGUAAAAAUAUUCAGAAACAAGCAUCUCUUAAUGAAGAAUAUUUAUAUAGACGGCCUGGAACUUUAGACUCAAUACGUGACUCGAUAUUUUCGACGUCUGCAAACACUGCCAAAAAGUUUCAAUCUCUUAAAAAUGGCCUGACAAAUAAAUUUAAGACUUCUACAACGAAUAUAGAUAAGGUAACAGUGUUUGUAAGGAUGCUUCAAGGCUGGAAAAGUCACGGACCAGUGCCAGAAGUUCCUACACCGAGCGAAAAUAAUGUAAAUAAUGAAAAAGCCUAUCCUGAACGACGACAUUCUAGGGAAGAUGGUUCUGAUUCCUCAAAAGAUAGUAGUUUGCAGAGUGAUACUAGUGUGGAUUCAGAAGAUAGUUUUGCUUCUGUGAUAUAUGUGCCUAAAGCAGACGGAACAAGUGAUCCCUUAUCGCCAACUCCACUUUCCCCAGGACCCACCUCCCCUAGAUUAAAGGUAUCUUCAGUACCUACUUCACCAAGAAUGAAAAAUUCACCUGGUUUACCUUCUCCAAGAAUAAAACAAUCAUUUCCAUUAAUACGACCACCAUCAUCACCAAACGCCGUUCAAGCGGCUGCUAAUUUCAAUAAAAUUCUAGUAGCUCAAUAUAGCCUUAAGAACUAUUCAAGCACUAACAACGUACCAUUUGUGCCAUUAAAACCUCAGUCAAAAAGCCAACCAAACUCACCACCUAAACCUGAAGAAGAAAAAAAGAUUGACACACCACCUACACAAACAAUACCAGAAAUAUCUAACAUUAUUCCUGUGGAUAUAUUUGAGGAAAUCGAUCCCAUUCCGCCAAUACAAGAAGAAGAAGAAAUAACUGCUGAAGUAACAAAAGAACUCAUAGCAGAAAUCAACAAAGACAUCGAAGAAAUACACAAACUUACCUUAGAAACAGAUAAUUUGAAACCUCGUAUUUUACAAGAUACAAAACCAUAUCCAAAAAUAACCCUUCAAACAGUAGCAGAGCUACCGGAAAUACCCAGAUUCAAACCUAAAGAAUCUAACAAAUCAACAACAACGGACAUUUCAGACUCUAAAAUCGCAGAUAAAAAAAGGAGAGAGAGAAUUAAACAAAUAAAAGAAAUGCUUAAUAGAGGUAUGCCAUCAAUUAACAGUAGCAGAAGACCACCAUUCCCAAUAGUUCGCACAACUGGCAAAUCGGAACCAAUUGCAAAGAGCCAUCCUCGGUUAAUGUCUUUGGAAUUAUUUAAUCCAGCCGUAGAUGAUAUGGAUAGCGAUUCAAGUGGAGUAUCUUCACCUGAUUCAGUUGACAGCGUAAUCAGCGUUGUGCCAGAUGAACUUCGGAAAAUUGCGAUGGAAAAAGAUUUGCCUCCUGAAAUACCAUCAAAAAACGAAGAACUGAAUACACCACAAAAGUCUCCCGUGGUUUCUGCUCCAGAAAAUGUUGUUGAGCCAGUAGUUACACCAUCGCAAUCAGUAGAGGAAACAAGUGAAAAAACAAUUCAAGCAAGUCCUCGAGCCAAACGAAAAAAUAGAGAAAAGGUUGAAAACUCAGAUGGUACGUCGAUCAUUCAAGGUGCUUCAAGUAGUAGUAGCAGUAGCAAUUGGAGUCUAAAUAAAUUAUCACCAGGUGAUCUAAGAAUAUUAGAAGAUCAUUCAAGAUCUCAGUCUCAUACUAGUUCUAGUGGUAGUUCCUCAAGCUUAGAGAGACUAUCGCCUGGUCGCAGAUCUAAAGAUCGAUCACCAAAGCAAGGGAGUACAAGUAAUUCAACGUGGAGCUUGAACAGAUUAUCGCCAAAUCGGCCCGAAGGACGAUCGCUUGAUGAAACGUAUGUAAAAACUCAUCGAAGUCCCACUCGUUUGCCUUUCGAUUCAAUUUCAAUAUCGAGUACGGAUUCCGAGAAAUCCAUUUCAAAGUCAGAAAGUUUCAAUAAGCUUCAAGCUAAUGAGCCUCUGGUUACAUGUAAGUCAGAUAUGGUAGUUAAAGAUGAAGAAUGGCUUGAAGAAGAUCAUAAUGAACAUUUGACAGAGUUUGCAGAGAAAUUAAGUGAAAAAUUAUUGCAGGAAAUAGAUCAGUACUCAAAAAGGAUUAAUGAAGAAGAUUUUGACCUUCCUAGCAGUAGCAGCAGCGAAAGAAGUAUAUCUCUCAGACUCAAACGGGAAGAAGAAGAUAGAAACACUCAGAAAAUAUUGGACGAGCUCUCCGAUAGUUUACAAAAUCUUGGAGAUGCAAAAGAAUGUAUUGAUGGUAUGCACAUAGGGAAAUUUGGAGAUAAACAUAAAAUUUUCACUUCAUUACAGGAUUCUCAAGAAACAGAUAUAAAUAAACUAUUCCCGAAAUGUUGUUCUAAAUCAAAAAGUAAGAAAAGGUCUAAGGAUGUGGAUCCAAUCAUUAAUAAAUACAGGGAAUUAAAGAAAACCAUGAAAGUAACAAGCGAAGAAGAUAUAUUUUUGAAUAACUGUGCCAAUAUACAGUAUAACGUGAAACCUAUUAUAGAUGAUAAGCUGCCAGAUAUUACUGAUUACAAGAAUCCUGAUGAUGACAGUGCAAUAUCGUCCAGUAACGGAAACCCUGAAAUCACAAUAGAUUCUGGUGCUUACGAUACUAGCCAAUCACUUGAGACAGCUUGUUCGCUAGAGUCAGAAAUAAGCGUAGAUUCGCUUUGUACAAGCACAGACAAAAGGUCGUCAUUAAAAGUCGGGCAAUCAACAGACUCUAGUGAAUUGGAUAAAAUGGAAAUUAGUCCUGAGUCAAUAACUUCAAGAUCGAGUGCGAGUACUGCGCCAUUGAAAUCUGGGUUUUCAAUAGAAUCUAGUGAUACUUAUGCUGGAAGCGACUGGAGUCGCAGGGAUAAGACAGGAAGUACUGCUUCCUUGGGAUGUGCCAGUCUAGCUUCAUUGCCUUCUUGUAGCGAAUCUUCGAAGGACCGCAAGUUCUUGGAAACUAGAUCAUCAUCAGAGGAGACGACGACGAUGCCCAUUGUCCAUCCCAGGUUACAUCACGCUCCACUUCUACCUUCCUUAAGUGAUGGUUCAGAUAGUUUACCUUCCGAAGGAGGAGCAGUGACUUUCCACCGAUAUUACCACGUUUUUGAAAAAGGAGAACUGGAUCAACUGAUUGAUAAGUACGUAGAGAGUCUUCAUGUGGUGUCUUCGUAUUACGAUCAAGCCAGUUGGUGUGUUAUAGCUGAAAAAGUUCAAGUGUGGACUAUUUAGGAACACUGUCUGAUUUUGUGUUGAUUUACUGCUAGUUAUUAAUGUAGAUGAAAGAUAUAAUAGUUGUAAUAGAACACUUAGUGCAAUCACAUCAAAGUGACCUUUCUGACGAACUCUGAGCGAGUGUUGAAGAGUGUUCGGAUGUUAUUUGAAUUGUAAAUGAAAUGAUGCGAAUGCCAAAAGCGAAGCUUUUGUAUUAUAACGUUUAUUGUAAUCAAUUUAUGCUAGUCUUAUAACGGUUAUACUAAUUAAUCCAAAUGGACCCUAAACUACCCAAAUAUUUCUAUUAAUUACUCAUCUUAAAAUACUAAAUUUUCACAUCUUCCAAUAGUUAAUUUUAUAGUUACUUUAUUAAACACAGAAAUUACGACUACAUUAGCAUAAAUAUAUAAACGAUGCAACUUGAAAUUAGCAAAACUAUUAUAUUAUUAUCUCCAUAUUAGAAUAAAGAGUUAUUCGGGCCUUCGGCAUUCUAUGCGAUCAUAGAAACUCGCAUAAAAUGAAAACUAAGAGCUUUAAAUAGUAAAAAUUAAUUAUAAUAUAAUAUAUACUUCUGUGGCUCAAGUAAUAUAAGCUAACUUAGCUUAUAAAAUAUCCUACACCUCGUGUUAUACUUGCAACAUUAGUCGUAAAGCGAUGACUUUAUACCGUUUUUCCACACGAUCUAUAAAGAUAUAACUUUUCACUUGUAUGUGCUAAAUUAUUCUAUGACAAUAACAUGCAUAUUAUUUAAGAUGUAACAAAGUGUAACAUAUCCAAACGAAUUAAACAAAUUAGUUACUUAUUUAUGUUCUGAACAAUGGUAUAAACGUGUACAUUGUACAUUCUUUUCAGUAUUAUCGAGAGCUGGCCUCGUUUUAAUUAAUUGUACAAGUCUUCGUUUGGUCGUAUUUUAACUCAUUUAUUGUAAUUAUUUUGUAUUAACAUAUUAUGUCUUUGUAGUGGCGACAUUAUAGAACUUUUUUAAUCAAAACACUGUUUAUAACACAGACUCAUUUUUUUAUAAAAAGUAGCAUAUUAAAGAGAAUUUGGUAACAUAUUACAUUUAGCUCACGGUUGUUUCUGUCAACAAUGCUUAUAUAUACGUUAUUAAAACCUAUGAAACUUCAAAUAAAUUAAAUAAAUAGUCAAUCUACGAAUUAAACCAACUUAAUACUACGUAUUUUUUUCAGUUGUUUAUAAUGUCGCCAAUAAACAAGUUAAACUUAAACCUAGAAAUGUAAUACUUGAAAGUACAAAUACUCAUAUUUAUGAAUAUUUAUUAUCUUUGAACUAUGCUACUGGGAAAUUAUUAUUGAUGUCUUUUUAGAAUGAAUUCUCUCGGUAACAUAGGUAUUCAAAUACAUUAUAAUUGCGUAAAGCGUUGUUGUCCGUGCUUUGAUUUUUAUAUAAAUUUUUACUUAGUGUCUAUAAAUAUUUAUUUCAGUGGCGUAAGAAUGAACUAAUUACGUAUUUCAUUAUUUCAAUAAGAUAAGAGAUCCUAAUACAGCUAAAUGCUUUCACAGUCAAAUUGUCGUAUUCUUUGGAUAUGUGUAAAUAUUUCUUAAGGUAGUGUAAUUAUAUUGUCAGACUCAAGUGAGAUUAAACUAAAUUUAAUCUAGAUGAUAAUAUCAGUUAUAAACCUUUUAAUGUUAACCGUGUUUUUAAACGAAGAAACACAUUUAUGAAAUCCGGUCCAUCGUAAACUUUAACGUGAUUCUUUAAUGGGAAAUAAGUGAUGGAUCAGCUUAUACUAAACAGCAUCAUCUACCUUUUACUAAACACUUAAGAUAUGUACAAAGAUUGAUUUUUAGUCUGUGCUAUUUAUUAUAGCAACUUAUUAAAAUCAAAGUCCUAACAAAACUUACGAUCUAAAGCACAUAGCGAUAUGUGCCCUGUGACGAGAUAAAAUAAUAGAUAUGGAAUUACGACCUAAGUAUAACGAAAAAGUAGUUUUCUAAGAAAAUACAAGAUUUAUAUAAAAAAGCAGAGAUUUUAAAAUAAAAUACAAUUAUCUUCCAAUCAUGUUUUUUAUCACAAACUUUACGAUGUUUUUUUCCUAGGCUGAAGUAUUGUACUGGAUUUCUCAUGCGCAGACACCUGAAAGGGACAAGCGAUCCCAAGCGACAAAUUAAAAAGCAGUGGACAUAAAAAACAUGGUGGACAAACUACGCCUCUGUUCCGAGAUUCAUAAUUUGAACUAACUACUGAUUUGGUUCCAUUAUAUUCUGAUUAUGGUGAUGAUAAUUAACUAAUUUUUUUUUAAUCUCUUCUUUAUCACAUUAAUAUCCUACUAAUCUUAUUGCAAGGCAAGCAAUAUUUUAACUGGAAAACAUUUGUUUGAAAGGUUAUGUUUGAUGAUUUGCUUUUGAAGCCAAUAUAACAUACCACCAUAAGUCUUAAGACUAGUUAUUAUUACUCACGUUUAACUUAUGCAACACUUCAUUAGCAUUUAAUUUCAACACAUAAGUUACUUUCAAACAUGCAAAUUUACAAAUACAUUAUGGGCAUUACCGACACGAUGGUUGGAACCUUCACUGCAAAGCAAAACUGAAAUUCUGACAAAUUUACACAAUAUUGGUUUUAUACUUUUUAUUCGUAACAGUUUUACUGUCUGUUGUAUCUUCUUCAAGCACGGUAUUAUUAUUUGCUUGUCACAUCCAGGUAUAUACUUCAUCCUUUGUCAUCCCAGUCUGUCACGAGUUAUGAAAUCGAAUCUCAAAGGUAAACAUUGAAAGGUUUAUAUUAUCAAUAGGAUACUAUAUAUAGAAUAUAAAUAACAUAAUUUAUUGUAGUUAUAACAUGUUAAAGCACAAUAUUUAACGUUACCAAUCCAGUUUGUACAAAUAUAACCUAUGGUAGUUAUGUCAAAAGCACUUAUCUUGAUUUCCUGAUCAUUCAAAGCAUAUCAUAUCCAUACUUUAUAAUGAAAGAAUUUAUUUUAGAGUACAGAAGUAAUAAUUAUAUUUAAUACGAAAUAUAAAAAUUAUAUAUAUAUAUCUCUAUGUGACCAAAUUGCUUGUAGCGUUAAUAUUUCAACCGGCAUGAUUUUUAUGCUUAAAAGGCAGCAGUUACUUACACUUUAGUCGCGUACUACAAAAAUUCGAACAUAGGUAUUCGCUCUUGUAUAAGUGAACCGUAAAUGUCGCUCCACCUGAAACCUACGUCCCAGUUUAUCUGUGUCUGAUGUGCGUGUUCAAAGCGUCAAAUGUGGCGUCCAGAAAUACGACUCUGGCACCGAUUGAACAAAUCGUUGGAUACGCGGACCGCACCUACAGUCAUAGGCAGACAACAAUAGAGCGUACUUAGAUAUUGCUCGGACUUUAUUUACGUACAACUAAGGUGAGUGUGAUGCAACGCCAACUUGACUUAAGAUUUGGCAUUGGCCUGUCUUAGCUUAACCUCAGCAUAAUUUGAGUUGUCAUAUAAAAACGAAAUCAAAGGUUAUGCUAAGCUUACAACCAAUAUUGGAACUAUACGUGCAGUGUUCCUCCGGGGCAACAACAGAAAACUUGUUGUGUGGUGUUGCGGUUGUAAACGUGUGAAUAUCGGUGUAAUUUCAAGCACAUGAGACAUGUGUCAGUGUGACAGGGGUUGUUUAGCUCUACGCAUCGCCUUGAGUCGUUCUGUGCUGCGUUACGACUUAGCACAUAAUAUGCUAGAUCAUCUGUACGUUCUGUCACUCCUAUAAAAAUUACAUAUUAGAAAUUUCGGUUCGAAAGUGAUAAUUUGUGACCAUGCGCUUGACCACAGCCGUGUGCCCCGUACCACAAUCUCAAGGGGCGCGACAAUAAGCGAUGUAUGUCACAUAAAUGUGGAUUAAAAACAUUUUAUAAUAUUUGUCAGCGUUCAGAACUCAUUCAAAUUAAAAGAUACAUAAUCAAAUUUUGUUGAAUCAUUUCAAUGUAUUUAUAGAGACAAAAUUCACAAAGUAUCUAUUAAUAACGAGGUAAUGAAUUCUAAUAUUGAAAUAUUCAGUACAUUUGUAAAUAAAAUAGUCUAAAAUACAGUUAUAGGUAAUAGAUUCAUUUAUUGCGUAUUGUUUCCACAUCGGCUUGUCUGUGAUAAUAUAUACAGUAUCAUAAUAUUGGACACAAUUGCUUACUCAUGAUACUUCAAUUUUUACAUAACCUAUAGUUAAUUUAAUUAACAAUGGAACUUCGAAGACUUUCAGUUUAUUGGAAUAUAUUAUGAAUAAGAAAUAGAGCGCCGCCUUCGGAUACGCUUAAUACAAUACAUGUCAACGAAAAGUAGUCAUAAAUAUUUUGAAUCAACAAUUAAAUCGGUGUUUUUUUAAACUAUUUAAAUAUUAAAACUUAUUACGAAGGUUUAUAGUAAAUUUUAUCAAUUAAUUAAUAUCGAUAUUGUAAAUUCCACUAAGUUUUGUUAGUCCAUAAGCAGGAUGUACCUAACUAGAAUUUAUAUCACAGCAGAAUUAGGCACGCGCUCUAUUUCUAAAUAUUUCUAUACUCUUAGGUGUUCUGUUCGGAUAUUUUAAUAAAUGCCUAUGUAUCUACACAUUUCGUGAGACUCUGUGAAUAAAAGAAUAAAAUGCG